CUCUGACGUCUGCUGAAGAUCCCUCCCUCCCUACGCCAUCAAUCCCCUUAGCGAUAUUUAGCAGCAGAGGCACGCGUCCACAAUUCAUUCGCACCUCUCUCUUCUUCCGAUCCUUUGCCGUUGAAUGAAUGUCCGCUACCACUACUGAUCUUGCGCCCGGGGACCGAUAUCGCUCCAACGGUUUGAGCGGCGCUGUACCCACGAACAACCUGGCAGAGUCAUGGCCAUCAGUUAAAAACACUAUUCCAAUGGCGACUACAUCUGGGACAGGCUCGGUUCCAGCACAGAGCGCCAUGCAGCAGACAGAGGAUGUCUCGAUCGCUCAAAGGAUGGUUUCGGCCACCAUCGGCAGUUUUCUCACGAAUAUUCUAGUUACACCUCUUGACGUCGUUCGGGUUCGUCUACAGUCUCAGUCGCUGGUCAAAAACACAUCGCCCUUCAACUCACACACAACGCAAACCUUCAAGAACGCUCCCCCCAAUCUUGGAGUAACAGCUUGUUGUCGGGAAGUCUUUUGGAUUGGACAGAAUACUCAGAUAUGUAUGCUCGGACCUGAAGCCGGGGCUCUCGGGGCUACAACUGUCGCGGAUUGCGCCGUGGAAGAAACGCAGCGCAAAACAUUCACAUCGACCUUGGACGGAUUGCGGAAGAUCGCGCGAAAUGAGGGUGUGCUGACCCUCUGGCGCGGACUCAGUCCUACUUUGAUGAUGAGCAUUCCAGGGAACAUCAUUUACUUCGCUGGAUACGACUGGCUGCGGACCGAUGACAGGAGCCUGAUCAAGCGGUGGUUUCCCGACGCCUACGCUCCUUUCGUUGCAGGCUCCGUUGCCAGAACCACAGCAGCAUCUCUUAUCAGUCCCAUCGAGAUGUUCCGAACGCGUCUGCAAGCCACGCCUGGCACUGGGGCAGGCCAUUUCAAGGCUACCCUAGAGGGUCUUUACCACAUGGCUCAAACGCAAGGUUACAGCUCGCUGUGGAGAGGACUGACGCUUACCAUGUGGCGCGAUGUGCCCUUCUCUGGCCUCUAUUGGUGGGGGUAUGAAGAGGUCAAGAACUAUCUCAUUGAAACGCGCAAGAGCUCUUACUUGCACGGUCUGCCACACGGGUCCUCUGCCAGUCAGCGCCAUCUCCACGACCUUGAUACGCCAACCUUCUUUGACAGCUUCUUCGCGGGCGCUAGCUCUGGAUCCUUGGCGGCAUUCGUCACCACUCCGUUUGACGUGGGCAAAACUCGCCAACAAGUUUUCCGACACAUGAGUGAUGUGCCCGGUUCCGCGGGCAACGUUUCCGGCGGAGUCCUCCAUCCCGAGCAGCUCCCCCUACCGAAGUUCCUGCUACACAUUUUCCGUGAGGAAGGUAUGGCAGGACUUUUCCGCGGAUGUGUUGCACGCUGCCUGAAGGUAGCACCAGCUUGCGCCAUUAUGAUCUCAACGUACGAGUUCGGCAAGAAGAUGGCACGGGGCGUCAACGAGAGGAGUCGCUCUGCAGAUGAUUGAAACAGAAAACUAAUCCAAUCCUCCCCUCCACAAAAGAUAUUUCAUUCUUUGGAUAUGGCUCGACAUAUACGGCGUUCUCGAUUACUGGAAGACCCGAAAUACCCGACGCUUGAUCUCAAGCAGCUUGCAUUUCUCCACUAGUUGCCGCAAUUAAUUGCUUCUGUCUUAUCGCAUAAACUCGGCGUGCACUGCGUUUCUACCUCUUGAUUUCUUGUUGAUGUCUGAUGAUACCGAAUUGUCUCCAUAGAACUUUCGUCGCAGUUCUUUCCCUUUCUUCCCGUUGUGCUCCCUCGCCUUUAUACUAUUUCUCUGCAUAUAUCUCCUUCUCGUCUCCAGCGGUUUGCUCCUAUGUUUGUCUUGUGUAAGACCAAAAGGGAGGUUUUGUCUUUUCUGGACGCAAAAGUCCUUCAAACCAUGUAUAUCUUGUAUCUGCUCAGAGCGACCAAAAUCUUCACUCCAAUCACAUCCUAUAUAGCCUCUUAAAUAAAU